AUGAAACAUGUCAAUAUUGACACCGUCAGUAUAAUAUCAAGAUAUGUCAAGGUUGUUGCAAGAAAUUUUGCUAGCAGGGUAUUUCCUGUGGUCGUCCAAUCUUCCUUCAUGACAACCAUUAGAUCGGGAGAUCCCAGAGUUCUACUCUAUCCUACCGAUUCGGAUGGGAACUUGUGCGGCACUCGGAAAGCUAAAGUUUGUGUUGAGACGUGUCCUAAUGAAACAUUUGUUGCUCAUCCAUCAAUGCCUGGCAUAGAAGAAAGAAUCUCGCAACUGAUUUGCAAAUAUGAUGCAAGAAGAUAUGAUAAGAGUUUUGCUGAUUUAAUAAGUGAUGAAGAUUGUGCAAUGAUAUACAUUAAAAGUAAAGCAGUUCUUGGAGUAUGUAUUCCUAAAAGGGUUUUAAAUGAUGAAAAGUUAGAAGAUGAAAAUAAUAUAUCUAAUGAGACCAAGAGCGAAAAGGACAAACUUAUUGAAAAUGGUUUCAUGGCUGCUCGGUAUGUGUUGCAGUUUUUAAGUUCUGGUCAAUUGGGAGAAAAAAUAUUUCAGGAUUUCUUGUCCUCAUGGCAUUUGAUUUUGAUAGGAUUACUAAUUUCUAUGCUGGUAUCACUGAUCUGGACUGUUCUGUUGCGAUGGAUUGCUGCACCUCUGUUAUACUCUGCAUUUCUGAUUGUACUUGCUGCCUGUGCUUUUGGUGGGAUACAGUGUGUUUUAAAAUACUUAGAGCUGAAGGGGGGUAAAGUAGAAGGCUUGAAACUUGCUGAAGUAGUACAAAAUGUGUGGCUUGCUCUUGCUGUGGUUUCUGCAUUGAUGUUUUUUAUUUUCCUCUUGCUGAUAAUUUUCUUCAGAAAAAACAUAAAAUAUGCAGUCGCACUUGUUGGUGAAGCGAGCAAAGCUGUGGGCUCAAUGUUUACUACUUUGAUUUUCCCAGUCAUUUCUUAUGCAGUAAUGUUGGCGCUCUUUGCUAUAUGGGUUACCAUAGCUUUAUACAUAGCUUCUUCUGGAAAGGCAUCAUUUGUUAUUGCUGAUGCCCCUGAAGACAGUGGAUUACAAAAUGGCACCAUUUGCAAUCCUAAGUCUUUUCAAAACAAUGCUUCGACUGAUGGAGCAAAGUGCAUAUUUCAGGAUUAUGGCCUUGAAAAUAAUUUAUACACGGCUCACAUUUACAACACCGUUUUAAUUAUUUGGGCACUGGUGUUCCUCAUUUGCCUUUCUCACCUGACAAUGGCUGGAGCAUUUGGUGAUUAUUACUGGACUUUGGAUAAGAGUAAUAUUAACAGAUGCUCAUGGAUUAAAAGUUUAUAUUAUGCUUUUCGUUACCACUUGGGAUCCAUUGCUUUUGGGUCUCUGGUGAUUGGAUCCCUUGGUAUUGUGAGUGGCCUACUUCAAUGCAUCACUAUGAAAGCUCGUAGAUUUGAUAACGUAAUUACAAGGCCUCUAUUUAAGUAA